AUGGAUCUUAACCAGAUCAAGAAGAUUCAAGCCAUGAACAAGUACAAGUCACACCAAUUUCUAGAAAAUCUACAUUUCUAUUCCUUAAUAGCUUUAAUAUGUAGUUUUUUCUGUUGUGUCACACUUUUUUUACCCUAUCUUUCUACCCUCUUGGUGUAUAUCACAAGUUUGAUUCCUCUUGUUUUGAGUUCAAAGCUCUUAUUCAUCAUAUGCAACAUCAUAAUAUUUGUCCUUAUGAUAAACUCGAAAAUCAUUUCCUCGGAUUCAUCUUCGAAUUCUGAUGUUUACUAUGAUGAGUAUAUUCAAACUACUCAAACUACAAAGCCUAUGUUUCAAAGUUUUGAAGUUAACAAAGGUGAAACAAUGUUUGAGAAGUUACAUGUUGAGGAGAGUAUUGUGAACAUGUUUGAGAAACAUGUUGGAGAGAACACUAUGGAGUUAAAGAGAAAAGUUUGUGUUAAGAAAACUACAAAAAAUUGGGAAGCCAAAGAAGACGAUGAUCAUGAUUUAAAUACUUUUGUUGCUGCUUCUGAUGAAUUGAAUAAAAGGGCUGAAGAUUUUAUUGCAAGAGUAAAUAGGAAUAGAGAGUUUGAACUUCUUCGUUGGAAAAAUGGUAGUUACUAG